AUGCAUCACUUUGAGGAAGAGCUAACGUGCUCCAUUUGCUAUAGCAUAUUCGAAGACCCCCGCGUCCUGCCCUGUUCCCAUACGUUCUGUAGGAAUUGUCUGGAAGGUGUUAUUCAGCUCUCAAACAACUUUUCCAUCUGGAGACCCCUGAGAGUUCCUCUGAAGUGUCCGAACUGUAGGAGCAUUGUUGAGAUCCCUGCCGCUGGGACCGAAGCGUUGCCUGUCAACUUUGCCUUGAAAGCGAUUAUUGAAAAAUACCAACAGGAGGAUCAUUCUGAUGUUGCAACCUGCAGCGAACAUUACAGGCAACCGCUGAAUGUUUACUGUCUUUUGGACAGAAAAUUGGUGUGCGGCCAUUGCCUGACGAUAGGAAAACACAACGGUCAUCCAAUAGACGACCUUCAAAGUGCCUACAGAAAAGAAAAGGAGACUUCGGGAAAGCUUCUCGACCAGCUGACUGAUAAACACUGGACUGAUGUGUGUUUGCUUAUUGAAAAGCUGAAAGAGCAGAAGUCCCGGUGUGAAAGCAUUGUUCAGGACGAUAAAAAAGUGGUAGUACAGUAUUUUAAGAAACUUGGCGAUACCUUGGAGCACAAAAAACAAGCUCUGCUGACGGCGCUGGAUGAAAUCAACACGCACAUUGUGGAAGAAUACGAGCCUCUCAUCGAGAAGCUGAAAAAAAUAAGGGAAGAGCAGCUGGAAUUAAUGUCACUGAAUACAGCUAUUCAGAAAGAAGAGUCCCCGCUUAUUUUUCUUGAGAAGGUGGAUGAUAUGCAUCAACGGAUAAAAACUUUGAAACAGAAGCAGCUGCCGGAUGUGAAACCUGUGGAGAUUCAUCCGAGGAUUGGGCACCUGAUGAAAGAGGUGUGGUCGAAAACCGAAAUCGGUCAGAUCAACAAGAUCCUCACCCCCAAAAUAAAACUGAUUCCAAAGAGGAAGGUAUGCAGCCAAGGCAGCGGAAAGGAAGGAAGAGAAUCUGAAGAACUCCUCCAGGCUGUGAAUCCUUUAGCAGUCCUGCUUCUUUUUGUAAUAAUGGUGGUAACUGUGUUCUCAUUUCACAAACCAGUGUUAUCAGUUGUAAUCGAAGCUACUCCCGCGUGUAUCUCGGAAUUCGUGCUCCUUGUUUGUCAAGAUUUCUGCACCCGUUUGCAGAAUAUAGUGGAUGUGCUGCGCCAUACAUUUAAUUUACUGAUGGAGCUUUUGGGGAGGAUUGUUUCUCUCUGA